UUACUGCCAAGGGCUUUACAACAAGCGUAGCCUUUGGAAACAUUUAAAGAACUGUCCUCUGAAACCUAAAGAUGAUGAAUCCAAGGGCAGGAAAAGAGUCCGAUCACUCUGCGCUCUGAAAACUCCAGUUGGUUUAGAAGUGAGCAAAGGUUUAAAGAAUAUACUUUCCAUUAUGAACUAUGAUGAAGUUUCCCGUGUUGUUCACUCUGACUGCUGCAUCAUGCAACUGGGGGAGCACAUGUUUAAUAGGAUGGGAUCUGAUGUUAAUAAACAUGACUACAUCAGACAGAAGAUGAGAGAAGUUGGCAGACUUCUUCUUGAAGCAAGGAAGAUUACUCGGCUAAGAUCUAUGGUGGACUUCAUCAUUCCAGCAAAUUUCAAACAAGUCAUUUCAGCUGUUAAAGUUGUAUCUGGCUAUGAUGAAGAGAAAAACUGCUACCGCAUUCCCUCUCUAGCUCUCAAACUUGGUCAUUCUUUAAACAAGAUCUGUAGUAUUGUUGAGAGCAAUGCCAUGAUGUACGGAGACCAUCAACGUGCUGAGUGUGCUCGAGACUUCAGAAAAAUACACCAGGCAAGAUGGAACGAAUACAUUUCUGCUGGUGCUUUAACUACUUUAAAAGAAGCCAAGUGGAACACGCCUCAGAUCAUUCCUUUCACUCAAGAUGUCAAAGUUCUGCAUGCACAUCUGGAAAAGAAACACAAACAGUUCCUAAGCAAGCUCAGAAACUGCCCAUCGGCAAAAAGCUAUUCAGCUCUUGCUAAGGUCACAUUGACGCAAGUCAUCCUGUUCAACAGAAGAAGAGAAGGUGAGGUAUCACGAAUGCUUUUGGCAGCUUUUAAAAGCAGGGAUUCUUCUGAGCUACAUGAAGACCUAGCGAUCUGUCUUUCGGAGUUCGAGAGAAAGUUGUGUCUGCACUUCACCCGAGUUGAGAUCCGUGGUAAACGAGGGAGAAAGGUUCCUGUGCUUCUCAAGCCUUCAAUGGUUUCUGCCAUGGAGCUGCUUGUUGAAACACGUGAGGUUUGUGAAGUCCCAGCUGAGAAUCCUUUUCUGUUUGCCAGAUCAGGAGCAAUGCCUGCAUACCGAGGAGGAGAGUGCAUUUACAGAGCUGCUCAGGAAUGUGGCAUAAAGAAUCCAGAAGCACUGUCAUCAACUAAGCUGAGGAAACACAUAGCAACCAUGUCAAAAAUCUUGAACCUUGAUGAGAACGAAGCAGAUCAAUUGGCUGAUUUCCUCGGUCAUGAUAUCAGAAUCCACAGACAAUAUUACCGCUUACCGGAGGGGACGCUGCAGCUGGCAAAGAUGAGCAAGGUCUUGUUAGCAAUGGAAAAGGGAACACUCUCAGACUUCAAAGGAAAGACGCUUGAUGAGAUUGAAAUUGACCCAAAUGAACAAUUUGAACCCCUCGUUAAUGAUAUGUCAAGUGAUGAGGAGGAUUGCAGCGACCCAUCUCAGUCAGCAUCCCCAGAAGAGACGGCUCAACUGUCUGGAUCACAAAAGGAUCAAAGUUCUUUAAAGGCUCCAAAAAGAAAAUGGGAGGACAUUGAGGUAAAAGCAAUAGAAAGGCACAUGAUGAGGUUCAUCAAGACAUGCAAAGUUCCUGGUAAGCAAGACUGUGAAAGAUGCAUUGAAGCAGAGCCAGAGGCUUUGAAGGAGCGAACAUGGACUGGCCUGAAAAACUAUGUGCGAAACAGGAUCACAACUCUCAAAAAAAAGGGUGCUUUGUAGCCGUGUAGAAGUAAAAUGACUUUUCAA